AUGGUCGCGCGGGGCGCCGCUCUGAGUGACCUUUCACCCGCGCCCAGCAGCCUCGGGCGGCGGCACAAGCCGGAAGCCAUGGCGGAGGCGGCGGGCGAGGCGGGCGCGAGCGAGCGGGACCCGGACGCGGGCCGCGCGCGCCGGCGGCUGCGGAUUCUGUCGGGCCAUCUGCUGGGCCGGCCCCGGGAGGCUCCGAGUACCAAUGAGUGCAAAGCGCGGAGAGCCGCGUCGGCGGCCGGGGCGUCGCCCGCCGCCACUCCCGCCGCGCCGGAGUCGGGCACCAUCCCCAAGAAGCGGCAAGAACUUAUGAAAUGGAAUGGAUGGGGCUAUAAUGAUUCCAAGUUCUUCUUCAAUAAGAAGGGCCAGGUUGAGCUGACUGGGAAAAGGUACCCUCUUAGUGGCUUGGCUUUGCCAACUUUGAAAGACUGGAUCCAGAACACCCUUGGAGUAAGUCUGGAGCAUAAAUCUACCUCUAAAGCAUCCUUAAAUCCUAGUGAAGCGCCUCCUUCUGUUGUGAACGAAGACUUCCUUCAGGAACUUAAAGAAGCUCGCAUUUCCUACUCACAGGAAGCGGAUGAUCGAGUGUUCAGAGCUCACGGUCACUGUCUUCAUGAGAUAUUCUUGCUCAGGGAAGGGAUGUUCGAGCGGAUUCCUGAUAUAGUUGUAUGGCCAACAUGUCAUGAUGACGUGGUUAAGAUUGUGAACCUGGCAUGCAAAUAUAACCUUUGUAUCAUCCCAAUUGGUGGAGGAACAAGUGUGUCAUAUGGCUUGAUGUGUCCUGCAGAUGAGACAAGAACAAUAAUUUCUUUGGACACUUCACAAAUGAACCGGAUUCUCUGGGUUGAUGAGAACAAUCUGACAGCUCACGUAGAGGCUGGGAUAACAGGACAAGAUUUGGAAAGACAGCUUAAAGAAAGUGGUUACUGUACAGGCCACGAGCCAGACUCCCUGGAGUUCAGCACUGUGGGAGGGUGGAUAUCCACACGAGCAUCAGGCAUGAAGAAAAAUAUCUAUGGCAACAUUGAGGACCUGGUGGUUCAUAUGAAAAUGGUAACACCCAGGGGUGUAAUAGAGAAGAGCUCCCAAGGACCUCGCAUGUCAAUGGGCCCUGACAUCCAUCACUUCAUCAUGGGAUCUGAAGGAACUCUUGGUGUAAUAACAGAAGCUACAAUAAAAAUCAGACCAACCCCGGAAUACCAAAAGUAUGGCUCGGUAGCUUUUCCUAAUUUUGAACAAGGAGUAGCCUGUUUAAGAGAAAUUGCAAAGCAGAGAUGUGCUCCUGCAUCCAUCCGCCUCAUGGACAACCAGCAGUUUCAGUUUGGUCAUGCUCUUAAACCUCAGGUCUCCUCUAUUUUUACAUCAUUUUUAGAUGGAUUGAAAAAGUUUUAUAUUACAAAGUUUAAAGGAUUUGAUCCAAAUCAACUAAGCGUAGCCACGUUACUGUUUGAGGGGGACCGUGAGAAGGUUCUUCAGCAUGAAAAACAAGUAUAUGACAUCGCUGCAAAAUUUGGAGGUCUGGCAGCUGGAGAAGAUAAUGGGCAGAGGGGGUACUUGCUGACUUACGUCAUUGCAUACAUGCGUGAUUUGGGUCUGGAAUACUAUGUAGUAGGAGAAUCUUUUGAGACUUCUGCUCCCUGGGACAGGGUUAUAGAUCUGUGUAGAAAUGUAAAAGAGAGGAUCAGAAGGGAAUGCAAAGAAAGGGGAGUUCAGUUUGCACCCCUGUCUACAUGCAGGGUGACGCAGACCUACGAUGCAGGAGCAUGUAUCUACUUCUAUUUUGCCUUUAACUACAGGGGAAUUAGUGACCCGCUGACUGUGUUUGAACAAACUGAGGCAGCUGCUAGAGAAGAAAUCCUUGCCAAUGGAGGAAGCCUGUCACAUCACCAUGGAGUGGGCAAGUUACGGAAGCAGUGGCUGAAGGAGAGCAUCUCUGAUGUCGGCUUUGGGAUGCUGAAGUCUGUCAAAGAAUAUGUGGACCCCAGUAACAUCUUUGGAAACAGAAACCUUUUAUAACUCCAUUAAUAUCAUUAUAAAAAUGUUACCUUUAAAAGUCAUCAGCUAUGGUUAUACCAGUAAUCAAAUAGAUCAUGGACUGUAUUUCAGCUACAUUUGUUUGUUGGUUUAAAAUGAGUUGGUUUUUGUUCUGUGCUUUGUUUCUACAUGUAUAGAUUGACAGAUGGUGUUCCUGGGUCUCUCAUUGUAGGUGUACCAGUUUAUAGCCAACUGACUGGUAGUCAUUUCAGAUUUUAGUCAGGCAGCACAAGGCUGCCUGUUAUCUGAGGAGGAUGCUGCCAGCUGUUUCCCGUGCUCCUCCCUAGGUGAGCUGAGGCAGAUGGUGUCAUCCGUUGCUUGUCUAGCUGUCUUAUGUUGCGUCCUUUCUUCAACGUUUCUCUAAAGCAGCAAAGAUUCUGCUGGUGAGAGGUAUUUGUGUAUGUUGUUAAAGCAUUCUUUCUGUGAGCAGGCCUUUGAGGAGGACACUCAUGACCCAGCUGGCAGUUUGUUACUAGCAUGCCUUCUUCUGUAUAAGGUGCUCAGCCUAUGCUUUGCGUGAAGUGAAUAUAGUUGCAAACUAAAAUUGCCAACAUACACAUUACUCUGUGAGCAGACACAUUUUUGUCCUCGUGUCUGUUUCUAGUAGGGUGCAAGUUGUGCUCAUGUUGCUGAGGUGUAACCUUUGGCUGUGUCCUAGAUCCUCCAUCACACGCUUUGUAGGGAAGCUGACUUACACACGAAGAGCAGCUUUCACCACGCAGCGAAGCUCAUUGCCCGUCCUCCAGUCCUCACGUUUCUGCUGUCCCAUGCUUGUUGCCGGGCUGCACAAGCAGCUGCAGCGGGAACAAAAGGAAGGCUCCCAGACCGCUGUCUCCAGUUUAAAGAGACAGUUGGCUUGGGGAUUUGAAAGCUUCAGUGAUUUUAAUGACAACAAUCCUGUUUUCUAAUUAGUCGCAGAUAGCCUGAUAAAUUUUCAUGGCAAAAUAGUUUCAGUUUAAUUCUUAAUAAUAAUUUAAUGUUUUGAAUUACUGGUUUAACCUAAAUUUAGAAAAAUGUAUGAGUGCAUAUGCCAUAAUCAGAAGUUUGAAAUAUCCUAUUUCUUAAAUAAAAAGAAUAUUAACCACAUUUAGCAGACAUUUUUACAUUCAGAACUGGAUAUUGAAAUUUGUGGAGCGAUUGCUUUAAAUCACUGUCUGUUGAGGUUCCUGAUUCACAUUUUGAGAUGGGUUCUUUUCUUAAUGCAAUACCUAACUUUUGAUAAUUUUUUAAAAUUAAUAUUUAAUCAGAUGAUGUAAGUCAAAAUGCAGACGAUCCUUUAAAAGGACACACUGUCUGUCUAUGUAGCAACAGCUCCAAAUACAUUGGGGCAGUUUCAUACCUUUUAUAUAUGAAGUAGCCUUAAGCAGAACAGUGAAAACUUAAAAUUGACAAAAUGAUAUUUUUAAGAACUCAAAAAGAUAAAUAAUUUUUAUCUAUUAAAAUUGGCCUCAAACUAACAAAUUUAAAUCUGUAGGAAAAUUAAUAUUAAGUAUUAGUUUAACAACAAUUCAAUAUUUAUUUUUGGAAGCUGCCUCUUUAUUGAUGAUUUAUUUUUAAUUAUAAAAUUUACAUCAGAUCUUUGAUUAAAGACUUUGAUGGUUUGAAAUAGCUGGACACUUGAGGAAAUUGCCUCUAGAAUUAUUAGAUUCUUUGUAAAAUGCAUCUCUUCAUGAAGGCGAUUCUCUAAUUGGUCAUUGAAGUGUAACAUUUAGUAAGAUUCCAUCAUCUCGCUGGAAGUGUCUGCAUCUUCCCAAGGAAUUAUUUUUAAGACACAGUUUCAUUAGCAGAUGCAGUUCCCUGCAUGUGAUUGUUAAAAUAUUUUCCUCGAGGCAUUCAGAUUUCCACAGCCUUGGCAGGCUGUGCUGUGUUGUAACUAACACUGGAAGUUGUUGGGUUCCCUGUACUCAUAAGCUUUAUGGCAGUUCGCAGUCUGUUUUUCUUUUCUGUGUAUGCAGGCCUCGCCAGCCUUGAGUCUGUAAUGGUUACUACAUUUUGUAUUUGAAAUAAUUUCUACAGGGAUCAUUUUGGAACACGAGAAUGUUCAUUUGCAGUGUUUCACUCUCGUGUAAAUCAGGAAGCCUUCCCACCUGCUUCUGAGAGGUGCCUCAGUGUAGACUGUUUGCUGAGGACCGUGAGUUCAUGAAUGUGCACAAAGCACUUGACCUCGCCUCCUCCCUUGGGACUGUCUGCACUUGGCUUCAUGAAGCUCGACCCAGGGGAAUAUUGUUCUCUGAAGCAUCUUAACUUGUACGUUAGUUUCUUUAAAAGUUGCAGCCUGUUGGACUCGUCCUUCUUACAGUAGCCAUAUAUGUGAUGUUUUGCUUGAAUCUGAUGAGGUCACAUGUAGGUUGGGGUUUCAGUGGACUGGGACCUUGCUGCUAAUGAGAAGUGGAGUGAGAAGUCUCAACAGACAGGCUCCCCUGACCUUGGAGAAAGCUGCCACAGUGUGUGGGGCUGUGUGUAACGGUGCGUAAGUGAGCUGAGUCUCAUGCCAGAGAUGGUCCUGCACCUCUGAGGUAGCCGCAUCGUGGAGGACACAUGCUCCUCGUGUCCAGCAUUUAUCAAAGAAUAAAGGAUUCAACUUUGCUCUUUUUAGGAAUGGGAGGUUGUUACUCAAAAUGCUUAUACAUUAUAGGAAUAUUGAUCUAAGGUUAUUUGUGGGUCUGGAAGCCUUCUCGUAUGCAUAUUUGUGCUGUUGGUGUUAUUUUGGAAAACAAAAGCUCAAUAAAAGACAAGCUUCCAUCAAAUGUGUAUAUUAUAUCAGAUAUAAACACAUGUAAGAACCCUCCCUUUUCCCCUCCCCUCCAGAAUAUAGUACUGAGUCCUAGUUUGCGUAUUUGAAAAAGCCUUUCUGCAUGUUGAUCCCAGAGAUACUUGUUUGUCAUAUUCUUUCAUCCCAACAACUUCUAAGUGUAACUGAUCAGAGAAGCUCUGAAGUCCUAACAUGAAGUGUGUUGCUGCAGGUGGGGUGGGUUUGGUAUCACUGUCAGAGCACCGUGAUGUAGAAGGAUUGCUUCACACCGUGACAACGCUUGAGGCAGCCACAGGUGCUGUCUGUGGAAGGUGUAUCUUGUUUGAGGAGCGUUCGACACAGCGAUGAAUAGUUUUAGUGAUUUUGAGGGUUUUAGCCCUCACUCACUCUUCAGUGGUUUCGGUUUCAACAGGAGCAAAGCAGGCAGCACAGCAGCUGCAGGUGAGGGCUACAGAGACCCGAGUUUUCGCCGUUGGCUGGUCAGUCGGGGAGGCUUCGCUUGCCUUGGCUUGGCGCUUAUGUUCCAUUAUGAGCCAUCUGCCUACAGAGUCAUUUAGUUCUUAUUAAUUUCUCUUUACUGAGGAAAGGAAAUCACUUGUACACAAUAGGGAAAUCCUGAAAGUAUAAAAGGUUUUCUCAAACUGUUGAUACGUCUGACUUGAAGGGUGUAACCACCUCUCUGUUCCGUAAACCAAAUAGCAUUUGUCCUCAGUGUGUGAGACAUACCUGUAACAUCUGCUUGUAUAAUGUCAAGAGAUUAUAGAAACAUCGUUAAUAAAAUGGACAUGAGCCUAUGAUUUUUUUUAA